CACGAGCUAACGCUAGCGGCUAACAAGUUGAAGGUUAAGUGACGACUUCCAACUUAAAAAAAAUAAGGUAAAACAGGUUUUAAUUUAUUAAACACCUUAUUAGCCUUAAACCACCCCUCUAAAGUACAUUUUACACAGGUAUCUCAUGUUUAAGUAGCGACUGCUUUUCGGUCUGUCUGUGGAUAUUUUAUAGAAGAGUUGUUAUCUCGAGGGCAAAAUAAGUUGCACCGUAAUUGUCAACGUUACCUUGGAGGGCUCCACUACGACGGAGUAUUAGGGCCACACGUGAAGAAAAAAAAUAUUUUUGCCGUGACGAGAUUAAAGUCAACAUGUCUACAUUAAACUCGAAAUGUAGAGAAUAAAGUUGAAAUGUCAUGUCGACUUUAAUGUCGACGUUUCGACUUUAAACUCGAAAUGUCGAUAAUAAAGUUGAAACGUCAUAUCGACUUUAAUCUCGACGUGUCCAUUUUCCGUUCCUGUGUCAGCACGCAGACGCUCCCGGCAUCCUCCCAAGCGUGCAGCGGAUGACACGAAGUAGUCAUCCGCUGUAGUAGUGCGGCAUUGCCAUCAGUGGUUUCAUUGACGGUUUUAGUCGCUAUAUUGUUUGGAUGGAGGCCUACACCACAAACAAUGACCCCAGGGUUAUUGCCGACUACUUCGGACGUUGUGUGCACAGAGUGAUCGUCGUAGCUGUCUGGCUGUAGAGAGCUGCUCUCCGGCAUGUCCAGCGUGAAGCCGCCCCCUAGGAACCCCCCGCCCCCCGCGGUGCAGCACCCCCGGGGCCCGGGCCCCGGCAGCGGCGAGCUGCAGUAUCUGGAGCGGGUGGUCCUACGGACCCUCUGCCGGCACCAGUUCUCCUGGCCCUUCUGCGAGCCAGUCGACGCCGCCGCACUCAACCUCCCCGAUUACUACACCAUCAUCAGCAGCCCCAUGGACCUGCGCACCAUCAGGCAGCGGCUGCAGAACCAGUACUACUGGAACACCAUGGAGUGUGUGCAGGACUUCAACGCUGUGUUCAACAACUGCUACAUGUACAACAAGCCCGGAGAUGACAUUGUGGUGAUGGCCCAGACCCUGGAGAAGGUCUUCCUCGAGAAACUGGCCCUGAUGCCCCAUGAAGAGGAGGAAGAGGUGGAGAAGAAGCAGGGCUCCGGUAGAACUCCUGGUAGACCUCCUGGUAGAGCAAGGAAGAGGAGCAGCACAGGAGCCCUGAAGCGCCGCGUCCCGGAGUCUGAGGUGGUCGUCCAGCAGACGCUGACCGUGAUCCCGCCGGGCUCCGUGCCCCGCCCCCUCCCGCCAGCCGCGCUCCUGCCGGCCGCGCCCCGCCCCCUCCCGCCGGCCGCGCCCCGCCCCCUCCCGCCGGCCGCGCUGCCCAAACACGCUCAGUCCGCGAGUAAAGCCCUCCAGGACAGGAAGGGCGUCAAGAGGAAAGCCGACACCACCACCACCACCGUCGCCCCCCCGCGCCUGACCGUCGCCCCCCCGCGCCUGACCGUCGCCCCUCCGUGCCUGACCGUCGCCCCCGGUAACCCGUCGUCGCGUGGGAGGACGGCGUCCCCUCCGACCUCGACGACGGCCCCGGGCUGCGGCGGCGGAACCCCGCCGGGGCGCGGGGGCGGGGCCAAGAGGCCCAUCAGGCCGCCCAGCAGGGAGGUCCCGGACUGGACGGCGGGGGGGCGGCGGGCCCGGCUGCCGUCGCCGCUGCGGUGCUGCGGCGAGCUGCUGAAGGAGCUGAUGUCCCGCCGCCACGCCGCCUACGCCUGGCCCUUCUACACGCCCGUGGACGUGGACGCCCUCGGCCUCCACGACUACCACCGCAUCGUCACGCAGCCCAUGGACCUCGGCACCAUCAAGAAGAAGAUGGCCAGCCGGGAGUACAGCGCCCCCAAGCAGUUUGCUGCCGACCUGCGCCUCAUGUUCUCCAACUGCUACAAGUACAACCCCCCCGCCCACGAGGUGGUGCGGAUGGCCCGCAGGCUGCAGGACGUGUUUGAGGCGCAGUUCUCAAAGAUGGCCAAGGAGGAGAGCAUGCUGCCCUCCGACCAGGCCGUCGUCAAGGACAACGGAGGAGGAGGAGGAGGAGACUGCAAGGUGGAGCACGUCUCCAGCAGCAGCUCCUCCUCCUCCUCCUCCUCCUCUUCAUCGUCACAGAGCUCAGAGGAUGAAGAGGAAGAAGAGAAGGAGGCGGGGAUGGUCCCCAGUCUGGCCAUCCUGGAGGAACAGCUGAAGGCCAUGAGAGACCAGCUGCAGCUCUUCGCCCAGACGCCCCUGAAGACCAAGAAGACGUCAACACGUGAGAAGGAGAAGGAAAAGAACAAGUCCUCCAGGAACAAGGUCAAAGUUCAGAGGAGCAGCGGUGCCAAGGGGUCCGGUCUGCGUGGCAACCAACCGCAGCGCCUGGCCCCGGGGGCGUCGGCCUCUGAGGAGGAGGCGGUCCCUGUGGCGACGGUGCCCUAUGAGGAGAAGCGGCAGCUGAGCCUGGACAUCAACCAGCUGCCGGGGCAGCGGCUGGGCCGGCUGGUGGACCUCGUCCGGCGCCACGAGCCGCACCUGAGGGCCUGCGGCCGGCGGGAGAUCGAGAUCGACAUCGAGACGCUGGCGCCCGCCACGCUGCGCACGCUGCAGGCCUUCGUCGCCCGCUGCCUCCGCAAGCACGACGCCAAGACCGCCGCUCCCACCAGGCCGGUGAAGCCCGAGGGCCCCACGCCGCCGGCGGUGCCCCACGCCGCGCCAGAGGAGCAGCGCUCGGCCGCCAAGAAGAAGAGGAAGCGGACAGCUCCUCUGGACCUCAGCCAGUCGGCCCGGUUCUCUGGGAGCAGCAACGCCACCUGCUUCUCCUCCUCUUCCUCCUCCUCUUCCUCCAGCAGCAGUGGCUCCAGCUCCUCUUUGGAGGGAACUGACACAGAAUCAGUGCCAAAACCCAAGCAGCGGAGCGCUAAAGGCAGCUCCCGGAAGGCGCAGGAGAAGGCCUCGCUGAAGGUGGCUGCUCCGAGGAAGACGCCCUCCGGGACCAGAGACCUACUGAAGGCCUCCCUGAAGAGCUACCGCUCUGUCCUGCGACGCCCGCCCACGCAGCCAAUGAGAACCCAGUCUAUCAGAGCUCACCCCCAGCAGCCAAUCAGAGCUCACCCCCAGCAGCCAAUCAGAGCUCACCCCCAGCAGCCAAUCAGAGCUCACCCCCUGCAGCCAAUCAGAAGCCUGUCUUCUGAGCCAAUCGGAAGCCUGUCUUCUGAGCCAAUCGGAAGCCUGUCUUCUGAGCCAAUCGGAAGCCAGCCACCUCGGCCAAUCGGAAGCCUGUCUUUGAUGCCAUUGGGAAGCAUGGGUGCUCAUCCCAAAAUAAGUCCGUCUUAUGAGCAACUGUCACUCUCUCCAGACCUGUCUGCGCUCCUGUCCCCCCUGGCGUCCCCGGCCGUGGGUCUGGACCCCAUCUCUCCCCGACCAGAGGCAUGUAUCUAGAGGUUCACACCUCGUGUGA